UGCACAAAUGGUUAACAUGGGCGUAUUGGACAUCACCAAUGAUGUAUAUACAGACAGCUGUUUCGGUUAACGAAUUCCGUAGCAAGUCCUGGAAAGAUGGUCUAGGAGUUGCGGUCUUAAAAUCGCGAGGAUUUUUUGUAGAAACUUACUGGUAUUGGAUUGGACUUUUAGCAUUGAUCGUAUCUACAAUCAUGUCCAACGUUAUUACAUCUUUGAGUCUGGCUUAUCUUAAACAAUAUGGAGUAUCCAAGUAUGCCGUUAUACCAGAUGAAUGUGGAGAGACUGAUAGCAACAAUAUUAUAACGGGAGUGGCAACAACGAGAACUUGCAACGACAAAAAAGUUCUUAUACCAUUCAAGCCUCUAUACAUGACGUUUGAGAACAUCACAUAUUCUGUUGAUACUCCCAAGGAGAUGAAAGAAAAGGGCAUAGCAGAGGAUAAACUGGUACUAUUGAAUGGAUUAAGCGGUGCUUUUAGGCCGGGUGUUCUUACUGCACUUAUGGGCGUGAGUGGCGCAGGCAAAACUACUUUGAUGGAUGUUUUAGCCGGGCGUAAGAACACAGGAUACAUUCACGGAGAUAUACAUGUUUCUGGAGUUCCUAAAAAACAGGAUACCUUUGCCCGUGUUUCGGGUUAUUGUGAACAAUCUGACAUCCACUCCCCUCUAUUAACAGUCUAUGAGUCUCUUCUUUAUUCUGCGUGGUUAAGGUUGCCCCCUAAUAUUGACACACAUACUCGAGAAGUAAAAUUAAGUGUUUUAGUUAUAUAAUAGUAUAAUCAAAAGAUCACCGUUAUAAGAUUCAAGAAACCAUAUAAUUAACUAACAUAGAAACGUUUCAGCUCUUUAUUGAAGAGGUGAUGGAAUUGAUAGAGUUAAAAGCAUUGAGGGAGAUGUUGGUUGGACAUGUGGGAGUUAGUGGGCUUUCGACUGAGCAAAGAAAAAGAAUGACAAUUGCAGUAGAGCUUGUAGCCAAUCCUUCUAUUCUAUUCAUGGAUGAGCCAACAUCUGGAUUGGAUGCAAGAGCGGCCGCAAUUGUCAUGAGGACUGUUAGAAACACUGUUGACACUGGAAGAACUGUUGUAUGUACCAUUCAUCAGCCGAGUAUCGAUAUUUUUGAAUCCUUUGAUGAGCUUUUCUUGUUGACAAGAGGAGGAGAAGAGAUCUAUGUUGGUCCAAUUGGCCACCAUUCCUCUCAACUAAUUGAAUAUUUUGAGGGAAUAAGAGGAGUAGGAAAAAUAAAGGAAGGUUACAAUCCAGCAACAUGGGCCCUUGAAGUUACAACAAAGGCAAAAGAAGAUGUUCUUGGUGUCAGAUUUGCUCAAAUAUACAAAAACUCAAGCCUUUACAUGAGAAACAAAGAUUUAAUUAAGGAAUUGAACGUGGUUCCUCCUCAUGCACAAGACAUUCAUUUCUCAACAAAAUAUUCAACAUCCUAUUUCACUCAGUUCCAAGCUUGCUUGUGGAAACAGCACAAGUCAUAUUGGAGAAAUGUUCCUUAUAACGCAGUGCGUCUCAGUUUCGGGGCUGCUGUUGGAAUCAUGUAUGGAGUCAUCUUUUGGAGCCUCGGCAAAAGAAAAGCAACAAGACAAGAUAUCUUCAACAGUGUAGGUGCAAUGUCAACUACUAUUGGCUUCUUAAGCUCACAAAGUGCGGCAACUGUGCGUCCUGUCGCUAUCGCUGAACGUACUGUUUUUUAUCGAGAAGCCGGUGCUGGAAUGUACUCGGCUCUACCCUAUGCAUUUUCACAGGUGAUAAUCGAGAUUCCAUAUACAAUGGCUCAAGCUUGUAUCUAUGGAGCUAUCGUCUACGGGAUGAUAGGAUAUGAAUGGACAGCUUCCAAAUUUUUGUUGAACAUAUUCUUUACCUUCAUCAGCGUCUUGUACUCUAUAUACACUGGUUUUAUGGUCAUGGCCGUAAGUCCUAAUCAAGAAAUCGCUUCGAUACUCAAUGGUAUCAUAUCCACAUCAUGGAACGUCUUUUCAGGAUUUGCUAUUCCUCGCCCAAGAAUGCCGGUAUGGUUAAGAUGGUUCACGUACGUGUGUCCAGGGUGGUGGNAAUCAUGUAUGGAGUCAUCUUUUGGAGCCUCGGCAAAAGAAAAGCAACAAGACAAGAUAUCUUCAACAGUGUAG